AUGCAGAAGCAACAAUAUGUUCUUGAUGAUUGCCAUGGUUAUUGUCAUCAGAUUUGCGCAUUAUCGGAUCAACUUCAUCUGUUGGUGACAGGUGUCGAAUCGGCAAUGGGUGAUCGUACGUCGAAUACAAAUAUGAAGAUUGAUACGUUGGCGUUUUUGUCAGUUGCGUUGUGCUCACAUGCACCUGAGGUAUGCGAGUCUUUGAUGUUUUAUAGUGGAGCAAUCAGAGCAGAACUUUUGAAACUUGUAUUGUGUUAUUAUUUGAAAGAUUGA